UUUCCAACUCCAUAAACACAGCCUCAAAAAAACACAAAUCAGAAAAAUUGUUGUUGUCCGAAAUUUUUUUGUCCAGACAGACGGAGAGGGAGGGCGAGAGAGAGAGAGAGAGAGAGGAGGGGAGUGGUCAAAAUGGGGAAUUCAUUUGGGUGCUCAGCUUCAGGGGAGAGGUUAGUUUCAGCAGCAAGAGAUGGAGAUUUGGUGGAAGCCAAGAUGUUAUUGGAUUGUAAUCCUUGUCUAGCUAAAUAUUCAACUUUUGGUGGCCUUAAUUCUCCUCUCCAUUUUGCUGCUGCUAAAGGCCACAAUGAGAUUGUGGGGUUGUUGUUAGAGAAUGGAGCUGAUGUGAAUUCCAGGAAUUACUGUGGCCAGACGGCAUUGAUGCAAGCUUGUAGAUAUGGACACUGGGAAGUUGUGCAGACACUUUUAUUGUUUAGGUGCAAUGUUACAAGGGCAGAUUAUCUUAAUGGAAGGACUGCUCUACACUUUGCAGCUGUAAAUGGGCAUGCAAGAUGUAUAAGAUUAGUUGUAGCAGAUUUUGUUCCUAGUGCCCCUUUUGAAGCUAUGCAUGCUCGGAUAGAAGGUGAAACUGGGGAUGGUUCUAGUGAGAAGAACAGAUUUGACCAGAGUGCGCUGUCCAGGUUUGUAAAUAAGGCGGCUGAUGGUGGUAUCACUGCUCUUCACAUGGUUGCAUUGAAUGGGUAUUUUGAUUGUGUACAGCUUCUACUUGAUAUUCAUGCAAAUGUAUCAUCAGAGACAUUUCAUUAUGGGACAACGAUGGAUUUGAUAGGGGCUGGAAGCACCCCCUUGCAUUAUGCUGCCUGUGGGGGCAAUUUAAAAUGCUGUCAGAUCCUUCUUGCAAGAGGUGCCAGUCGGACGACAUUAAAUUGCAACGGGUGGCUGCCUGUUGAUGUUGCUAGGAUGUGGGGGCGUCAUUGGCUUGAACCAUUGUUGGCACCAAACUCUGAAUCUACAUUACCUAGAUUUCCUCACUCUAAUUACUUAGCCUUGCCUCUUUUGAGUGUACUUAACAUAGCAAGAGAGAGUGGGCUGCAAUACUCGACAAGGUCCUCUGAUGACCCUGAUAUUUGCGCUGUUUGCCUGGAGAGAGCAUGCAAUGUGGCCGCGGAAGGAUGCCAUUCGCUUCUUGUUAUUGAUCGGCUGUUCUUCUCAUAUUUAGGGUGCAGGCAUGAGCUUUGUGUAAGAUGCGCACUCUACCUGUGCUCAACAUGCAAUAUCUCAUCCGAAAUGGUAGGCCCUACUGGCUCCAUCCCAUGUCCUCUUUGCAGGCAUGGCAUUGUCUCUUUUGAUAGUCUGCCUGGUUCCUCGGCAAAGGAAAUGAAGCUUCCUCUGUCUCUUGGCCUCUGUGCUCCAUGCAUGCUUCAUCCUCGUGACAUGGAUGGGAAAUCGCUAGCAUGUUUACCAGAGGUCCGAAAGAAUCGAGUGGCUUCAGUUUCUUCUGAUUUUCUCUGCCCAGUCACUUGCAGCCCAUUUCCUUCUGUUGCCAUCCCUUUAUGUACCUGCAAUGAUGAACCAUGCCCAUCUCUUGAAACCCAAGAGGCUGAAUCACAAGAUGAAUCCUCUCACCGGUCGCAAACAUCUGUAGAGCAGGUUAAAGUGGAAGGACCAAGGCUUGAGAAAACAAGCUGUUCGAGUAUGUUUUGGGGUAGAAGGAGCUGCAGCAGAGAGCAUCAGUGCACUUCAGAAAUAAAUGCAUGACUUGUUUUGCUGGAUGAAAGGUCUAGAUUGAAUGUUUUGCUGACACCAGUGCGCGCGCAAGGUUGUGAUAUUUCGUCAUACCAACACUGAAUUUUCAAAAUACAUGUUUGCUUCCAGUUUUUCUCGGCUGGCUACAUGGUAAAUGGAUUUAGGAUUGGAAACAAGGCAUUUGACUCUGCCCUUUCGAUGUAUUUUUAAAAUAUUUGGUGAGGGUUGUAAAAAUUGCAUGGGGGGUUUACAGAUCGAUUGUAAUUGUAUGUCAUCGAAGAAGACCUUUUGUCCCUU